CUGUGAAUGACCCAAGGUGCCACUCAUGUGUCUUGUCACUCACUCAUCCGCAGAUGCACGCAGCCGCAGACAUGGAGAGGGGCAAAGAGGCAGGAACGUACAAUACAGAUCGACCCACGAUAGACCGUCUGAGUGAGUCUCAUGGCCGGCCAUCAAAACCAUCGACCAUCUCAUGCCAUGCCCGGUGCCAACUUUGUCAUCGUCCAAUGACGCCGUCAGCCCACUCGUGUGCCACGCGGUCACUCUCGUCCGAGAACUGACAUUUCACACACAGCACACUCUCAAUGCAAUCAAUCCCUGUUGGACCGAUCCCUCUUUCGUAUGGCACCUGGUGCAUCAUGUCGUCGUUGUUGUGAUAGUGCGCAUGGCCGAAGAACAUGUCCUCAUCUGAAUCAUCAGCACGGCUCUGCAGGGGCAGGGGAGACGCGGACAGGCCGCCAGGGACGCCAUGGCCAUACACACCUGUAGUCCACACACCUGCAGAGGCAAGCAGGCAGGCAUGCCGGUCGGCCGACAUAAUGGGAGUGUCCAUCAUCACGCUGUACGUUGUCGUCAAUCAUCAGACCUCCGUUCGUGUGGAUGUUCCAGUGCACCAUAUCGUUGGUGUCCAUGGGCAGCACAUCAAGGGACGGCCUACACCCAUUCGCAGACAGCGCACCACACAUACACGCGUGUCACUUCAUCUUGCCCUCUUGUGUGAGUGCUCACGGUGUCGCAUCGCCGUUAGUGCUCGGUGUUGCAGUGGACGCUUGGCUGCCGUAGCUGUCGCUGUGUGUGAGGAAUCACCAUGCCGGCAAACACAAAGCUCGUGGCAGCUGAACACCAACAAAUAGACACAAUGGGCGAAUAGCCGUCUGCUGAGAGAGAGGACACCGUGUGCAGUUACGUGUGUCUGAGAUGCUGCUCGGUGGCGCCAGGGGGACGGGAGGAGCAUUGUCCAAUUGGGGAGCAUUGUCCACCUGCUGCUGGAGCUCCUGCAUAAACAUCAGCAUGUCACAGCAGCGGGAGAGCAU